UCGCGUGUAUUUGGCAGCCUCAGACAUAGGCGCAACGAAACAGCGACUGGAGCUACGAGAAGGGAACCGACGGCCCUUUGGCUGAGCUGAACUAUUUGGAUUUCGGGCGAAAGAAGCGGCUAUCAAUAAAAUGACCAGAGGAAACCAACGUGAGCUUGCACGUCUGAAGGCUGCUAAAAAAAACAAUGAUCACGGCAAAGGGAAGAGGGGCGAUGAUGGACUGUCUGCUGCUGCUCGGAAGCAGAGGGAUGCCGAGAUAAUGCAAGAGAAGCAGAAAAAGGCGGGUGGAGGGGGGAAAGAAGAAACCAAGGGGAAAGAAGACGCCAAGUAAAGGAUGAAGUCGGAGACAAAUUCAACUCAGCGCUUCAAUAACAUCCCAUUUUCAGCAUUCUUCCUGAUAUUUAUAAGAAUGGUCAUUUUUGUCUAGCCUCAAGAAUCUAGGAUCCCAUAUUCUUCCCUAUGGCAAAUGACAUUGCUUGUUGGAUUUGUUAUUUUUACUUUUGUCUGAGCAAGUUAACGGUUGUCCCACGUUGGUGCUGCAUGCAUGGAAGCAUCAGUGGUGUGUAAGCAGCAGGAGAAAGAACAAUUCUGGACACAAGCACCUACUUAACAGUUGUGUAUUUUUGUACAAAAAUGUCCCCUGCUGGUUUCAAAUAAAGUGUAUCUUUUUA